GGGAAAGUUGCGAGGCGCUGAGGCGGCGGCGGCAGCGGCACCGGCGGCGGGGCGGGCGCGGCGGUACCACCACCAUGGACGACUUGGACGCCUUACUGGCAGACCUGGAAUCCACCACUUCACAUAUCUCCAAGCGACCAGUGUUUUUAACAGAGGAAACACCUUACUCCUAUCCAACUGGAAACCACACCUACCAGGAGAUUGCUGUGCCACCUCCAGUGCCGCCACCACCUUCCAACGAGGCCCUGAAUGGCACUGUGGUUGACCCUGUAGACCAGUGGCAACCCAGCGUGUCCAGAUACAUCCACCAGCAACCUCAGUCCCAGUCUCCCAUAUACAGCUCGAGUGCCAAAAGCUCCAGUGCCUCUGUUCCUAGGGACGGACUCAGCUCUCCUCCCCGUGCCAGUGAAGAGGAACACGUUUACAGUUUCCCAAACAAGCAGAAGUCUGCAGAACCAUCUCCCACAAUGACCACCUCCUCUCUGGGCAGCAAUCUCUCAGAACUGGACAGACUUCUUCUGGAACUGAAUGCUGUUCAACAUAAUCCAGCCAGUGGCUUCCCAGCAGAUGAAGCCAGCAGAAGCCCAUCACUGCCCAGCAUGACUGGACCUCACUAUGUUGUCCCAGAGAGCAGCAGCUCUGUGGGAGGGAAGGCUGCACCCCCCACAAAAGAGAAGCCAAAGCGAAAUGGUGCCCGUGGGAUCGAGGACGUGCGCCCCAGCGUGGAGAGCCUGCUGGAUGAGCUGGAGAGCUCUGUGCCAAGCCCAGUCCCUGCAAUCACUGUCAGCCAAGGGGAGGUGAGCAGCCCCCAACGGGUCACUGCCAGUCAGCAGCAGACCCGUAUAUCUGCUUCUUCAGCUACACGAGAACUGGAUGAGCUGAUGGCAUCUCUCUCUGACUUUAAGACUAGUUCCACUAUGUCUCUGAUUUCUGAACCUGCUCUAGAACCAGGUACCAGUUCAGCAAAUGCAGAUUCCAGCAACACUUCUCAAAGCUUAACAGUGCUAUCCCAUUCCAAACACCCUUCUGCACCUCACAGUGGGAACUCAGCAGUGCCAACAUCUGCCCCCUCAGCAGUCCUCUGUGUUGAGGAAGGCAGUAACACAGUGGCUCUGCCUACUGCAGGGCAUUCUGCUGCUCCUCCCUGUUUGCCACAAAUGGCCCCUCUGCCCCCACCAAGAAUAUCUUCAGGUUCUGCUACUCGUGGGGAGCAGAUGAGCUCUGCAAGCAUGGUUCAGAUGAGCAAAAAGCCUGACUCUUCUGGAAGUGUUUUUCACAUUGUGCCAACUUCCAGUGUGGAGCUUCUGUGUAGACCUGGUAAUGUGGAACCAGAAGUCCUGGAGAAUGAUUUGGUGAAAGAGGCUGAGAAGAAGGAGCAGAGAACAGACCCCAAAAUCUCAAGUGUACCAGUUUCCAAUACUUUAAAUGGUCAAGGAAAAGGCCAAAUACCUAAAGAGCUUGAUCAGCAGGGAGUAUUCAGGGACAGUUCAGCCCUUCCUUCCCAGGGCAGAAAUGUGGAAAUAGCUUUAGAUGAACUAUGGGCCCUGGAGCUGCCUGCUCAUGUGCCAGAGGUACAUGCAAAGAAUGACAGUGUGAAUCCUGUGUAUGAACCUUCUGUUGUGGCCCUGGAUCGGGCAGAUGUCUUUCCAGAGACUAAAAGCCAGCUGGGCUUUGUAGAGAAGCAGGGACAGGAGAUAAAGGCUGAAGUACUGCAUGAAGCCAAGGUAGAUGGCUCUCCAGAACUGGCCAAGAAGAGGCAGGGCAGAGAGAGAGCUCCUAGGAAGGCAGGUGCUGCUAACACGAACAAAGCUGGAAGAGACCAGGAAAAGGAGCAGUUCAGAAGCUCAGCAGUUGCUCCAGAAUCUCCUGAGAACAUUUGGAAAGCUGAAUGGGAUCUGCCAUGUGUAUCCAAACCACCCAUUGAGAGGAUUUCUGCAUCAGGCCAGAUUAAGUCUUUAAUCAAGAGGACAAAAGAGACUGCAAAUGUGCAUCCAAUGUCUCGGGACCUCUCUCCAAGGCGUAAAUUAGGUCCUGCCAUGUUUCACAAGACUGAGUCCCAAGAUCGCUUGGUUGGAGAGCUGCAGGACAAACUGGGCAUCACUAAACAGGAGGAGGAAGAAUGGAAGAGCCAGGAUGACUGGCUGGGAGAGGGAGUCAUCAUCACUGCCAAACCCCAGGGGAAAGAGCAGAAUGGUGGACAGCAAGUAGAGAAGGUGGUUUUUCCUCCAGAAUCACCACUCCCCCCAAGGAGGACGAUCUCUGUUUCAGCCUCUCCCUCACUCCAGCCUUCCAAAGAAGCUGCAAAGAUACUCCCUGCUAAUGCUGUUCCCUCUCAUCUCUAUGGCCCUGCACCUCUCCUCCCACCUCAGCCUUCCUAUGUGCCAUCUACCCCAGCUCCUAGUCCGGUCUCUUCUGCUUCCUUCAGCUUGGCUCCCCAGCCUCCUUUCCAGUGGGAAACUUCUGAUGAUGAUUAUCAUGAGCUUUCUGUUGUGGGCACACCUCCUUCUGAAGAUGCUGGGCAUUCCUGUUCUCCCCAGACAUGGACCCUUAGCAGCAAGACAGUUGUUUCUGUUGGCUGUCAGACUGAAGAUGAUGCUUCCUUCCCAGAGAUGCAGGCAGGCUGCUCUCUUCUGGUGAAUUCUGCUCCUCCCAUCCUUGACAGUGCCAACCUUCUGGCUGCUCAUGCACCCCUGGCCUCCCCAGCCCCCGAGAAGUUCAUGACACAGGGGAAAACUGGGAGCAGCUCCCCUCCAUCCACCGCCUCCAAGCCUGGCAGUCAGCUGGACACCAUGCUGGGAAGUCUCCAGUCUGACUUGAACAAACUGGGUGUAGCUACAGUGGCCAAAGGUGUCUGUGGAGCCUGCAAGAAGCCUAUUGCUGGGCAGGUAGUUACAGCCAUGGGGAAAACCUGGCACCCUGAGCACUUCGUCUGCACCCAUUGCCAGGAGGAGAUUGGGUCACGGAACUUCUUUGAGCGGGAUGGUCAGCCCUACUGUGAGAAGGAUUAUCACAACCUCUUCUCCCCUCGCUGCUACUACUGCAACGGGCCCAUCCUUGAUAAAGUGGUGACGGCUUUGGACAGGACAUGGCACCCUGAACACUUCUUCUGUGCCCAGUGUGGAGCUUUCUUUGGACCUGAAGGAUUUCAUGAGAAGGAUGGCAAAGCCUAUUGCCGCAAGGACUACUUUGACAUGUUUGCUCCCAAGUGUGGAGGCUGUGCCCGGGCUAUCCUGGAAAACUACAUCUCUGCCUUGAACACCCUGUGGCACCCUGAAUGCUUUGUCUGUCGGGAAUGUUUCACACCAUUCAUCAAUGGCAGCUUCUUUGAGCAUGAUGGGCAGCCCUACUGCGAGGUGCAUUACCACGAGCGUCGUGGCUCGCUCUGCUCCGGCUGCCAGAAGCCUAUCACAGGACGAUGCAUCACUGCUAUGGGCAAGAAAUUUCACCCCGAACACUUUGUCUGUGCCUUCUGCCUCAAGCAGCUCAACAAAGGAACCUUCAAAGAACAGAACGACAAGCCCUACUGCCAGAACUGCUUUCUCAAGCUCUUCUGUUAGAGGCAUCCUAGAUGGGCGCUAAGCAUCUUUCUGCCUCCCCCUUGGCAGUUCUGUCUCUCUGAACAUUACUGUGAUUUAGAAACCUUACCAGGCAGGGGAGGAAGGUGGGGAAAUGGGGCUUAGUGCUUUCUGCUGCUAUGGGGAGGCAGUAGAUCCAGAGAUGAGACGGACCAUUAAACUGGAAAUGCCCUUGCUGUGUCUCAGUAGAGAGAGGCUGAGUCCCCUCAUUAUGGUGUGUGUGUCUGUGUGUGUGACUGACAGCUGAGCUUCACUCCAGGGCUCCAACAGGGAGACUUUACCCAGCCCCCUCCUGACAGAAGGAGCCUUUGCCAGUACAUUUCAGCCUGUGUCAGUUCCUUGAGCAAGCCCUGACACUUGCAGACAGUACAGCCCUCUGCUUUGACACCUCCUUCUCAGGCUUUUGUCUGCAAUCUGAGCAAUAGCAUGGCAAGGGCACCCUGCCACCUCAGUGUGACUUCUGGGAUCGGAGUGUCCAUGCAGGCAGCCAGGACCCUGCAAGGGUCUCUCCAGUUCUAAUACACUGUAAGGAGAUGAUACCACUUAAUUUAUCUUUUUUUUUUUUUUUUAAGAGGAAUCAAGAUGUUACUGUGUGGGGUGGGUUGCUGUUUCUCCCCCCCCCGUCUCCCCAAGUUUCUUGCUCCCUGCCUCCUCUCAACACACUGGAGCAAGAGGUGGAGUAAGCUCUGACCAUCUCUCAGCACUGAUAUGUGCUUCUGUGGGUGACAUCCUGUGCCAGGCACCUCCAUCAGUAACCACACCUGCUUAGGGCAUCAGCUCCCCUUGCCUGCUGCUCCUAAAAUGGAGGAAGGGGCAUCGUCCCUUCUUCCAAAGCAGUUGCAGAGAGGUUAGAGCACAGCCUUCUUCAUCCAUCCCUGUCAUGAGUGAAUGUGAUGUGUGUGUGUUUUAUCUGGCCUGAAACUCUCCCAUCUAUCAGGGCCUGAAACUGUCAGGAGAGUGAGGAGAAGUGGAGGGGGUUUAAGAAGCCAGGAAAAAAAAAAGAUCCAAAGUUUAUAUCCUCUCUUCUUCCUCUCUGCUAAUGAGACCUGUCAGCCCUUGGUAUUUCCCUUUUCUGUGCUCUUGUUAAACAUGUUCUACUGAGAGAUGCUAGAGCAAUAACCUUUUAUAUUGACUGUUACUGGCAUAACAAGUCCUUUGGGUCAAGUGUGUGUGACACACUUGGAGUUUUACUAUCAAAAUGAAUACUGUAUCCUGUCUUUGAUAAGAACUGCAGAUUUCUACACU